AUGCAAAACUUUACAGAACACAUGUCCGAUACCACAACCAAGCCAACGAAUAGCAGAAUCCUGUACGAUAUACCGUGUAAAGUAUGUAAAGACUUUUCGUCCGGCAAACAUUACGGUAUAUACGCGUGCGACGGGUGUGCGGGUUUUUUCAAAAGAUCUAUUCGACGCAACAGACAAUACAUUUGCAAAUCAAAAUCAGAAGGUGCGUGCCCGGUGGACAAAACCCACCGGAAUCAAUGUCGAGCUUGUAGACUUCGUAAAUGUAUGCUCUCGGGCAUGAACAAAGAUGCUGUUCAACACGAACGUGGCCCUAGAACAUCGACGGUACGCCGACAACUCCAGGGUUUGUGCUAUUCCAAAGAUAGAUCGGCUAGUAAUUCUCCACCGUUGGACCUGACGCCUAAAAGAUCUCCAGAAUGUUCAACUACUUGUUCGACCCCGCCCAGUAGAUAUAUCCCCGAGUCACAUUUAUAUCUGUCAGCUUUUAGACCGCAGAUGUCAAUAAUGCCAAGAUUUUUAAACACCAUGAGGCUCACCCAAGCUGUUUACGAAACCGCCGCAUCAAUUUUGGUGACAGUUUCGACGGUCAAAAGUUUUCCGGCCUUAAUGACUUUACCUUUUGUUGACCAGUUUGAACUGCUCCGAGAGAGCUGGCAUGAACUGUUCAUUUUAACAGCAGCCCAAUAUUUUUCGGACACUGACAUCUUUUUACUGCUCGAAGAACAUAGAUCCAACUUUGGAUCUUUAGAUAUUGAGGAACAAACCACAUUGUUCAAGAACACGCUAACCACCGUUAAACAUCGGCAAGUCGAUCCGAUUGAACAGUAUUUGCUGAACGAAAUCAUAUUGCUCAAAGCAGAAUCGGUCAAAGACCGAGGUUGUUCAGAAAACACGGAGACUAUUUUGGACGGGUUAUCCGUGAAAAGUAAAGAAGCCCUUAGACGACACGUGCAUCAUGUUCACUUGGCUAGACCAGAUGCCCGUUAUGAAGAGUUGAUCGAAAUAUUGCCUUGCAUUCGAGCUGUACCAAAAAACACCGUGAUCGAGUUGUUCUUUCGUCGGACCAUCGGCCAAACUCCUAUCGAACCAUUCGUGUGUGGCACGUACACCAAUUACCUCCAAACUGCCCCGCACUUGCAGACAAUCAUUAGCAAGGCAAAAAUAUGCCAUUGCUUACAGUGAACGUAUGUAAAUUAUACUAUAUAUUAUACAUCCAUACAAAAGUGAUAUUGUACAUAUGAAUAUUGAAAAUAAAAUUAUUGUUUAGUUCAUACACAUAAUGCAGGGUUUGAAAAAAAUUAUUAUGUUUAUAUAAAACUAUAUUGUAUCGGUUUAAGCACACAUUACACGAAUAAUUAUUAAUAUAGUACCUAUCAAUUAUUAUUAUAC